GUGGUCACCUGGAAUGUGGGCACAGCCAUGCCCCCGAAUGAUGUGACAUCCUUGCUGCACCUCAACACAGGAGAGACAAAUGAUGCGGACGUGAUUGCUAUUGGGCUGCAAGAGGUGAACUCUAAGAUAAACAAGCGCCUGAAGGAUGCCCUCUUCACAGAUCAGUGGAGCGAGCUCUUCAUGGAUGUGCUGAGCCCCUUCCACUUUGUCCUGGUCAGCACAGUGCGGAUGCAAGGUGUGAUCCUACUGGUAUUUGCCAAGUACUACCACCUCCCCUUCCUGCAGGACAUCCAGACAGACUGCACGAGGACGGGGCUGGGAGGCUACUGGGGCAACAAGGGUGGGGUGAGCAUUCGUCUCUCCAUCUUCGGCCACAUGGUCUGCUUCCUGAACUGCCACCUGCCAGCGCACCUGGAGAAGGCGGAGCAGCGCAAGGAGGACUUUGCCACCAUACUGCACAUGCAGCAGUUUGAGGGGCAUGCAGCCAGCGGCAUCCUGGACCAUGACCUUGUGUUCUGGUUUGGGGACCUCAACUUUCGCAUCGAGAGCCUUGACAUCCGCUUUGUGAAGUAUGCUGUCGACAGCAAUAUCCUGAGCCAGCUCUGGGAGAAGGACCAGCUGAACAUUGCCAAGAGCACCUGGCCUGUCCUCAGUGGCUUUCAGGAGGGACCCCUGAACUUCCCACCGACCUUCAAGUUCGAUGUGGGCACCAACAAGUAUGACAGCAGUGCCAAGAAGCGAAAACCUGCCUGGACUGACCGCAUCCUCUGGAAGAUCAAAUCUCCCACUGUUGGGUUUGGUGCGAGCGGACGCCGGCCCAGCCAGGGCAUCCUGUCAGUGAGCCAGCUCUGCUACUGCAGCCAUAUGGAGUAUACCAUCAGCGACCACAAGCCAGUAGCUGCCAUCUUUGCAGUGCAGUUUGCUUCCAAGGCAGACAAGCCCCCGGUUGAGAUUUAUGUGGCUGACGAAUGGAGCAGGCCUGAGCAAGCAGUUGUCAGGUACAAGAUGGCUGCUGGCUUCCACCGGAGCUCCUGGGACUGGAUAGGACUCUACCGGGUGGGCUUUCGGCAUCCUAAAGACUACGUGUCCUAUGUCUGGGCCAGGAGUGAUGAUGGAGAGCGCUGCCUAGAGAAGCAGCUGUGUGCACAGGUGAUGUUCUCGGAGGAGGCGCUGCCCAAGGGGAAGGGCGAGUACAUUCUUGGAUACUACAGCAACACCUCCAGCAGCAUUGCUGGCGUGACUGAACCCUUCCAGAUCUCCCUGCCCAGGUCAGAGGAGGGCAGCAGCCCCACGGACAGCUCGGGUAGCAGCUCAGAAGAGGAAGAUGACAGCACGCUUGUCCUGCUGGCCCCCAAAUCCCGUAGCCCCAGCCCAGGCAAGAUGAAACGGCACCGGAGCAGAAGCCCCAGCCUGGCCAAAUUCCAGGGCCAUUCAAGCCGAGACAGGGGUACAAGCCGCAGCCCGUCACCCCAGAGCCGCUGUGGUCUCCCUGGAGACAUCCCUACCAUCCACCUGCCCCAGGAGGAGCUGGGGUGUUGUGGAGCCAAAGCCAAGGAGCCAGGGCGGGCAGCUGACAGCCAGGAGGGCAGUCCCUUCUACCAGACUGUGCGUGAGCAGUGUGGCCCCCGGCGCAUCUCUGCUGACAACCCCCUGGCCAGGGCUGACCCUAGGAACCUGGGCCUGCUGCCUGCACUCCGCCUGGAGAUGAUCGACCAGGCCAUGGGCCGGCGGAGGGAGAGCGUGGACCAGGGCUAUUCCUGCCGGAGGAUGACCCCCACCAGCCCCCCAAGCUGCAGCACCUCUCCAAAGGAAGGGAGCAGCCCCCAAGAGCUGGACAGCCGUAGUUGUGCCAUGGGCCGCUGA